UGGUUACACUCAAUCGGCUUUGUUUCGUAUUCUUUUGCCUUUUUGUUGUUUAGCAUCAUUUAUGUUUUAAAUAAUGGACGAUAAGAGGACAUUAAUUGAUGUAGGUGAUGGCACCAGCGAUGAGGAUGAUCCAAUUAUUCCCAGUAAAGGGACAGGUCAUAGCUCAAAGCCAAAAGAAGAUGCCGGAUUGGUUGGCCUUAACGAAGAGCCCGCAACUAGUUCUUCAGGUGGAGCAGCACAAAGUAUUUCGGGGAUUUACCACUUAAUAGAUAAUGAUCAGCCCCCGCUACUGGAAAACAAUACCCCUUCAAUUGCGAGUGAAAUACAAACAAAUGGAAAUGCGGGUAGUACUAAUAGGGAUAUUAACAAUUCGGAACCCAUUUUCCAUUUAAGAUCCAGGACGGCAGCGGCUUCCACGCCCAAUUACGAGAGCUUGGACUAUGAAGUUUGCGAAAACACGCUGUUUCAAGAUGAACAGCGGAAACGGCUGGCGGAACCUUUCUCCCUGCGCAAGGAUGUUAUAAGAUGGAUCAUCUUUAUACAGAUUGGCAUUAUAACGGCACUCAUAGCCUGCAGCAUAGAUAUCAUAAUCGAAGAGCUGUCGGAACUGAAGUACGAAUUCCUUAUUAAAUCUGUGCAAAAAAACGUUCCCCUCAGCGAUGCAAGCGAUGGCGAUCUUGUCAUUCCUUACCUGUACUGGCUUCUCUUCAGCAUUUUGCCGGUGGCCUUUGGAGCAGCCAUGGUUACGUACAUUGAGCCCAUAACCGCCGGCAGUGGUAUUCCCCAAGUGAAAAGCUACCUGAAUGGCGUCAAAAUACCGCGCAUUGUACGGAUUAAAACGCUUGCUGUGAAGGCGAUCGGCGUGAUAACAUCAGUGGUAGGUGGUUUGGCUGGUGGAAAGGAGGGUCCAAUGAUCCACGCCGGAGCCGUGGUGGCUGCCGGAAUCUCGCAAGGCAAGAGCACCACGUUCGUGAAGGAUUUCAGGGUGUUCAAGGCAUUCCGAGAUGAUCACGAGAAACGGGAUUUCGUCCUGGGCGGAGGAGCAGCCGGAGUAUCAGCCGCUUUUGGAGCCCCGAUUGGUGGCAUGCUGUUCUCGUUGGAAGAAGCGGCCAGCUUCUGGAACCAGAAUCUCAUUUGGCGCACACUGGUGGCCUCCAUCAUCAGCGUGUUUACCCUAAACAUUGUGCUGUCGGCAUAUCAUGGCCUUAAUGAUUUCACGUUCACGGGCCUCUUCAAUUUGGGCAAGUUUGAUCAGCCGCUGAAAUUCGACUACUUCGAGCUGCCCAUCUUCAUGCUCCUGGGUGUAACUGGAGGCUUACUUGGAGCCGCCUGGAACUCGCUUAACACCAGAAUCAAUAAGUUUCGCAAGCGCUUCAUUCCCUGGAAGAUUGGCAAAGUAAUCGAAGCGGUUGUGGUGGCCAUAAUGGGAGUAACGCUGGCUUGCCUGAUGAUCUACUUCAUCAACGACUGUCGUCCGCUGGGCAACGACCCAACCAACCAUCCCGUCCAGCUUUUCUGCGAGGACAACGAGUACAAUGCCGUGGCUGCCCUGUGGUUUCAAACGCCAGAGGCCACAGUUCGAUCCUUGUUCCACGAUCCUCCAGGCUCGCAUAAGAUCCUUACGCUAACCCUGUUUACAGUCGUUUACUAUGUGUUGUCUUGUGCCACCUUUGGAUUGAAUGUCUCACUGGGAGUGUUUAUCCCAACUGCCUUGGUUGGCGCUGCUUGGGGGCGUCUCCUGGCCAUGGUUACGUUUUACCUGUUCCCGCAGGCGGAGUUUCUGCAUCCGGGUAAAUACGCUCUUAUUGGAGCAGCCGCCAAUUUGGGCGGAGUACUCCGCAUGACCAUCAGCUUGUCGGUCAUCUUGAUGGAAACAACUGGCGUGGAGAGCUCCUUCUUCUUUCCUCUCAUCAUUGCACUAAUCAGCGCCAAGUGGGUGGGCGAUUACUUCAACGAGGGCAUCUACGAUACCCAGAUCCAGGAGAAUCAUGUGCCCUUGCUGACUUGGGAGCCGUUACCGCAAUACAAGGGCUUGACAGCUCAAAAAAUACUCAGCAGUCCUGUGGUCUGCAUCAAGCUUCGCGAUAGCGCACAUUACAUAUACUCGAUGCUAAAGAAGUGUGAGCACAAUGGAUUCCCUGUGGUGGAUGAUGUGCAGGGGGAUCGUCGUUCAGAGGGUCGUGUUUGCGGCAUCAUCUUGCGUUCGCAGCUGAUUGUCAUCUUGCUGAAAUCGUUAUAUGUGGAGAAUAAACGCUUCUGGCUGCCAGAUACUUCUAUUCAAACUUUUAGAGAUCUCUAUCCGCGAUAUCCAUCAAUAAAGAGCGUUCGCAAGCUAGAUGAAAAAAUAAACUACACAGUGGACCUGUCCAUGUUUAUGAAUCCAUCGCCUGUACGAGUCAAUCCGCACGAUUCGGUUCCCAGAAUUUUUCAGAUUUUCCGAGCUCUGGGUCUGCGUCACUUGUUGGUGAUUAACAGCGAGAAUCGCAUUGCUGGCAUUAUAACGAGGAGGGAUUUUAUUUACAAGUAACUUAUUUGCAUUCAAUGCAGAGUGUGUAUGUCUAUCGAAUGCCAAAAGGUGGCUGUAAUUUUAAAGAAAAUAAAUAUUUUAUUUCCUUUGUAA